AUGGCGUCGCUGUUCAAGAAUAUGACCCUCCUAUUUGCUGAUAUAUGUAACUACACAGCUUACGCGAAGAGCGCCCCUGCCGAGCGAGUUGUAUCACUCCUCACUACUCUGUUCUCGCGGUUUGACAAUCUAUCGGACACUUGUGCAGUGUACAAGGUUCAUACUAUUGGAGAUGCAUACGUUGCGAGUACAGAGCCUAAGGAAGGCGUCGAUAAGCAGAUACAGUCUGCUAGGAGGAUGGUAGCAUUCGCCCAGGCGAUGGUGGAGGCCCUUCAUACAGUUCGACUGGAAAUGUCCGCGCCAGACUUGGAAAUGCGGAUAGGCCUGCACUUCGGCAAGUUCAUUGGCGGUGUUAUUGCUACAACGAAGAUCAACUAUGAUAUCUUCGGUGUUGACGUGACCAUCGCAAAUCAAGUCGAAACAGCUGGUAUACCCGGAAAGAUAGUCGCAUCAGACUCCCUCCGACGUAAACGGCCCGAUCAGGAAGACAACGGACAACUCGAAGACAAGUCUCAGGUAAGUAUCGAAAAAAAGACGCGGAGUAAAGGCUACAUUAAGCCUUAG